UCAGAAACUGAACUUCUGUCCAUAGGAUCACUUUUUGACACAACACCGGGUUAGUGCGUUUUAUUUGUUGUACUGUCUCUUUAAGAGACCCGGAAAUGAUUUCCUAUGUGUGGUAACUGGUCGUGGGUUCCAGACAGCUUAACCUCCCCCCGGUAAUGACAUCCCAUCCCGUGAUUUUGGCUUUCCGGAGCAGUGUAAGGUGCUGGCGACACCGGGCUCUUCUCAGAGUGGCUCUGGAGGCCUCAGACGUCCGCUGCAGGCGCCGGUACUCUACACAUAUUCGCGGCGGUGUCUCCGGUAUGGAGGAGAUACUAUCGAGGGUCGUUGCACCUUUACCUUCCUACGAAACGAGGGACAAAUCCCCGCCCCCACCCGAAACUAACAGCCUGGAGUUCAUGUACUUCUACAAAAGUCUCGAUAAGGAAGAUAAACUUUGUUUCCUAACGAAGCUAUCACAAGACUUCGGGGUGGACCACAAAAGUGUUUCGGAGCUCGCACUGAAGCUACUGGACACUCAAUUACGGGACUUGGCGACCAUUUUGCUAGCUGAAGACAGACUCCGGUACACCUUGACUCCCCGUUAUAAACAGCUGUUCAGUCAUAUAAGCAGAGUCGAGGGGGGAGUGAAGUUUCUUGUGGAUCUGCGAGCGGAUGUGCUCGAAAUAAUCUCGUCCAAAGCUAGCGACAGCCCGCACAUCAGGGACCUGAAUGGUGCGCUGAAGAGCUUGCUGUCUGAGUGGUUCUCUGUAGGUCUGCUGCGACUCGAGAGAAUCACCUGGCAGUCCCCCUGCGAGAUCCUGCAGAAGAUCAGCCAGUAUGAGGCAGUGCACCCUGUAAGAAACUGGACCGACCUGAAGCGCAGAGUGGGACCGUACCGACGCUGCUAUGCCUUCACCCAUGCUGCCAUGCCGGGAGAGCCCUUGGUUGUACUCCACGUGGCUCUGACUGAAGACAUCUCUGAUAACAUACAGAGUAUUGUUCGUGAGUUUGCCACCCUGGACUCAGACGAAGACGUGAAUAAGAUCAACUCAGCUAUCUUCUACUCGAUCUCUUCAACACAAGCUGGCCUGCAAGGGGUGGAACUGGGAAAUGUCCUCAUCAAGAGGGUGGUGCGUGAAUUGCAGGUAAGCGAACGUGGGCUGCAGGUGCUUAUUAGGGGUGCAACGAUACUCGUAUCGAUAUUGAACCGUUCGAUA